GAUGUCAGCACUUCCGUUUAUCCCAGCAGAAAAGCAGAAAAAAAGUAUGGCGGAAGAUGUCAGUGAGAUUGACGAGCAAAGAAUUUCGAAUGAUUUUUCUGCAAGGACAAGCACGGAUCGUCAACGUGAUUGCUCUCAACCGUUACAUAUAAACCCAAUGACUUCUCGUCCGACCUCGCAAACGCCUGUCCGAAUAGGUUACUACGAAAUCGGACAGACGAUCGGGAAAGGAAAUUUUGCCGUCGUAAAGCUAGCGACUCACGUUAUAACGAAAUCGAAGGUAGCGAUCAAAAUUGUCGAUAAAGCGAAGCUGUCAGAAGAGUUUCUUUCCAAAAUCCUCCGAGAAAUACAAAUUAUGAAACUGCUUGACCAUCCACAUAUCGUAAAACUCUAUCACGUCAUCAACAAGGAUACAAUGAUUUACAUAGUUACCGAGUACGCUAGUGGGGGAGAAAUUUUUGAUCACCUAGUAGCGCAUGGUCGAAUGAAAGAGCCAGAAGCUCGUCGAACGUUCAAGCAAAUAAUAGCUGCAGUGUCAUAUUGCCACUCUAGAAAAGUUUGUCACCGAGACUUGAAAGCGGAAAAUUUACUUCUGGAUUCGAAACGAAAUAUCAAGAUUGUUGAUUUUGGCUUUAGCAAUCACUUUGAAUCCGGUCAGUUAUUGAAUACCUGGUGUGGAUCCCCCCCUUAUGCUGCUCCUGAAUUGUUUGAAGGCAAGCCUUACGAUGCUGAAAAAGUAGAUAUAUGGUCGCUGGGAGUUGUCCUAUACGUUUUAGUAUGCGGCGCUCUACCUUUCGAUGGUAACACUUUGCAGCUCUUGAGAAGUAGAGUGCUAUCUGGAAAAUUUCGCGUUCCGUUCUUUAUGUCAACUGAAUGCGAAAAUCUUUUAAAGCGCAUGCUUGUUGUUGAUCCUUCCAAAAGAUGUACAAUGACAGAUAUAUUAAACGAUAAAUGGCUAAAGCUAGAAGGCGAGGACGCAGAUUUCGAUAAGUUACUGCGAUUGUCUGAAUUGCCUAAUUUAGAGACUGAAAGUGACUGCAAUUCUGAAGCAGUUCUGCAAAUCAUGAAAAAUUGUUUGCAUUUAAACCCCGAUGAUAUAUUAUCUAGUGUUCGAGAAGGAAAAUUUGACGAUCAAAGCACUAUAUAUUAUUUAUUCUUGGAGAAGCUUAAGAACAAACGAUAUUCCGGAUCUAUUCAGAGUGGUUUACCGGUGGUAACUAUAACUGAGAGGAGGGGAAGUAUAACAACAGGAGUUGUCGAGAGAAUUGAAGUCCCUGUUUCUCAAGGAUUAUCACAAGCCAUUCCGCUAAUCCUGUUACAUAAUGAAGACAACGAACGAAUGGACAACGAAGACGAGCCGUCAAAGGAAGCUUUGCAAAAGUAUCAGUCAAUGCGUAGGCACACAGCAGCUAGUGUAUACGAUGAUGAGGCCUUACUUCAUGCCCUUAGCUUUUCGCCAUCGGCCAUCGGCCUCGUUACGCCCAAUUUACCUGUGCCUCCAUUCUCACCACCAUUUGCCGCUGGUCCUAAUGCCAUUGUUCCUAACACUAAUCUGGCUAACCUACAACCACAUGUCCAAAAUCAGCCAGUAACAAACUUUUGCGUAAAAGAUCCACAUCUACUGAAGCCUCCCCCGCAGUACUUGGCCGUAUCUAACUUUGGUAGAAGAGCGUCAGAUGGUAAUGCUCGAAUAAGCCUCCUUGGACGAUAUGGACAGCAUAGUCAGUCUACAAGUCAGAGCCAAUCACCCACGGGCUCGAUAAGCGUAACAGCAUCUGCACCCACCGACGAAGAGGGUUCGGAAGAAGAACCCGAUUCGGAGGCCAUUAGAAAUUGCCUGCACAGUACCACAUUGCCAACUGUAUCUGAGCCUCCUACUAGUGAACAGCAGAUGGUAAGCACUACCAAAACGAAAGCUAAAUCUGGUAAAAUGACUCCAUGUGAUCGCCCUUCUCUAUAUUCUCCUAACAGCGCUGAACGGUAUUCGCCUUACAGACGAGCUCAUUCUACCUCACCAGCCAUUGGACGUCGCAGAAGUGAUGUAAGUUCGGCAGAUAUCGAAAAGCAACUGGCUUAUUUUGGCGAUCUGGAAGUUAGUUGA